UGAUCAUUUAGCCGAAUUUCAACGGAGAAUGUGUGAACAAGGCUUCGUGAAAGCAAAUAGCAAUAAUUUGCCGCAAAUUAACAUGUUUGCUGUGUUAGAAUUUCUCAAAGAUGAUGAUCGUUUCAAUGCUCCAGAAAUACGUUGUGCCAAAGCUUCAUUGAACUGUCGUGAGAGCUAUGGAGAUGCAGCUGUAGGUUAUGUCCAAGUAAAACGUGAAGGAGACCUCUGCAUUGUGAAAUGUCGAGUAUGUCCUGAACAUAGGGUUCGGAGCAAAGCAUAUUCAACAACAUUAAUCAUUAAUGAAGCAACAGAGAAAAUCAUAGACGUUCAGUGUCAUGAUUGCGCAGCAGCAACAGGUGGAUGUAAACAUGCUUUAGCAGUUGUCAUGUAGGUACAUCGAAGGAGCGAAGACCCUGCGCCUACAGAAAUAGCAUGCUAUUGGAAAAAAUCUCGUUUGUCAGGUGUAGGAACGGCACUCAAAUAUGUCGAAGUCAAAGAUUUAGGCAUUCAGAAAGUACAUAAACUAAAACGAACAUCCAUUCCCGAUAAUAGCACUUUCUUACACGACGUUCUAGAACUGGCAGAAAGUAAACAAAUUGACUGUCAAAUUUCACGACUACAGGUUGACUUGAAAUGUCUGAAAACAAAUAAUUUAUCGUUGCACAGACUCCUUUUAAAAUUUCACUUAAAUGGAGGUCUGAUAUCGGGAAAUUUUCUUACUUUUGCCAGUUCUGAGAUGACUCAAGUCUUAUGCGAUGAAGCUGAAAAAUUGACACGAAACCAGAGUGAUUGCCCACUGUGGUACGAACUCCGAUACGGGAGAAUUACAGCUGUACGAAGCAGCACAUUGUACAACAGAUAGUGGGUCGUUUGUUAAACAGGUAACAGGAGCGAGUAAGGUGCAUGAAACAAGUGCAAUGUUACGAGGAAAGGACUUGGAAAAACUGGUGCUGAUAGAAGUAGAGCGCGAACUAGAUACACGAAUUAAGAGUGCUGGACUGUAUCUAUCACCAAAUUAUCCAGCUCUUGGUGCAUCACCUGAUGGUAUGACCAACGAAUACAUCGUAGAAAUAAAAUGUCCUUCGAAUGAAAAAGCGUUGGAAAGAUUCUUGUCGAAAGAUAAAAUUAUCAAUCCUAAGUGCGUAGCACAAAUGCAAUUACAAAUGUUAGCUACAGGAAAGAAAAAAGGAUUAUUUUGUGUGGCUGAUUCGGCCUUUGAAAAUACAAAAAAAGUGCACAUGCAGUGGCUUGCAUACGAUGUAGAAGUAGCACAGGAUUUAGUCAAAAAGGCAAUGCUGUUUUGGGAAAGAAAUAUAUUUCCAUUGUUAUUAUCUUCUGUACAGAAGUAAGGUAUUAAUGUAUAAAACUGUAUAUGUAACAAAAUAUGUAAUAUAUUCAGAAUUAUUACCCA